AUGAACAGCCUCAACAUCGUCCAGAGGCUUACCACCACUCCUCCGCCCUCUCCACCGCGAUCGCGAACCAGCUCCUCGCCCGAUGUGGAACCAGUGUCUAGUGAGAGCACGGAUGGAUCCGCUGAGAUCAACAUGGACUCUGUAAACGAGAAAUUGUCGAUUGACAAGGACCUACGAAAGGCAGCUCGACAUAAUGAGAAGAGCCAGGAGGACUACAUCAACGAGAAGACGCCUCUGCUGAGCAGCGGAGACUCGGGCGCAGAAAGGGAGGCAGCUGGUCGCGGAUGGAGAUUACCUAGUAGAAUUGGCGACGCAGUAUUGUAUGGUGUGAGGGUUGUCUUCUCCACCGUGACGGCGCCUGUCCGCUAUGUGAUCGCCUGUUUCUAUGACGAAGAAGGCCGCUUCUCGGCCGUCAUGCCCUUGAGGCAACUCAAGAGCCUCUUCUCGCGCAAGCAACCGAAGUCAACAGCGCGAGCGAUCGGUUUGAGUUCUGUGCAAGAAGAGCAGGGAGAGGAUGAAGACGCAGUCCCGCGCAGGAGGUUCUCAUCACGGCGCUCACCCUCUGUAGACAGCAAUGCGUCAACAGUAACAGCGGGUUCAUCUGAGGGAGAGAGGGAUGACAGUCCCGCCAGACAUACACGCUCCAAGACUGCGGCUGCAGCCAAUUACAGCGAAGAAGGUGCUCCUAGAAAGAGCAUUCGCAUCAAGGUUCAGAAUGACGAGGCGCUGCGGAAACGCAAGGCCUCCAAGGCGAAGAGGGCCGUGAACCAGGAAGACGUGGCCGCCGUUGCCAAUACGCUGAAGUCUCCUUCAUCACCUGCCGGAAACAAACUGACGCGCUACCCUAGAGCACCAGCUCCUCCGCGGCCCCUUGUCCCACGCCGGCAACCAUCAUACACGCUGACAUACUCUGCCGAGGCGCCUAAGAAGACCCUGAUCAUUGAUCUCGACGAAACGCUGAUCCACUCCAUGGCUAAGGGCGGCCGCAUGUCCACAGGACACAUGGUAGAGGUUCGACUAGGAGGACCUGUCACGAGCUCUGGGGUACAGCUCGGUCCGGGUGUUCCCAUCCUGUACUACGUGCACGAGCGACCAGGAUGCCAUGACUUUCUUAGAAAGAUCUGCAAGUGGUACAACCUGAUCGUCUUUACAGCUUCUGUCCAGGAGUACGCGGACCCCGUAAUUGACUGGCUGGAGCGAGAGCGGAAAUAUUUUUCUGGGCGAUACUACAGACAGCACUGCACGUUCCGGAACGGUGCAUACAUCAAGGAUCUGGCGCAAGUAGAGCCCGAUCUCAGCAAAGUCAUGAUUUUGGACAACUCGCCGAUGAGUUACAUCUUUCAUGAAGGUACGUGUCGACUGAACAAGUGAGCCGUGCCACCCUUUCUCACUUUUCUGCAGACAACGCGAUACCCAUUGAGGGCUGGAUCAGUGAUCCGACAGACAACGAUCUUCUCCAUCUUGUGCCUCUUCUCGAAGGCCUGCAAUAUGUGACAGACGUGCGCGCCCUCCUUGCCCUCCGACAAGGCCAAGCGCAACAAGCAUAG